AUGGCUGGAAUUCUAGACUAUCUUCAGUAUGCUCUGGGAAAGCUCUUCUACCGCGUCCGUGGCCACGAUGCAAAGCAAUUCAUCAAGAGCGCUGCGUUCAAAGACCUGCCCGAUCCCAACAUGACUCUCGAAGCUCCCGAAUGCGGUCCGACUGGUUCAACCAUGCUCGAUUUCCAUACCUGUUUGGCUGAGGACAGCAAGGGAAGAUUCCCCGAGCUCCACUGGAAUGCUCCUCCUCACGGUGAUGUGAGGGAGUACGUCCUCGUCUGCGAAGAUAUUGACCCGCCGAUUCCCUUCCUGGUGAUCAAUCAUGGCUUGUUUUACGGCAUACCCCCUACAACCACAGCCGCAACACAUGCCGAUAUCAAACAAAACAGAGAUCUGAAAGAUCAAUCCACUCAUGCCGGUUGGAAAUACGUUCCUAAUCUGACUGGAAACGCCUACAUCGGUCCUGCUCCACCACUGGGCCACGGCGCUCACCGGUACAUCUUCACCAUCAUCGCCCUCAAUGAGCCGCUCCCCUUUGGCCAAGAGGACCAGGUCACCAAGCAGAAGAUUAAAGAGGCUAUGACUGAUAAAGUCAUUGGCUGGGGCCAGUGGGUUGGGCUCUGGGAGCGGCCGUGGCCUAAAUGA